AUGGAAGCUAGUCGUCGUAAAGAAAGUCAGUAUGGGCCUCGGUUGAAUGCUCUAGUUGUAAAAUCUGGAUUAGUUGUUCGUCAUCGUCGUGAAACAAUCAUCGAUGAAGCAGUGAUACCGGAGGAUGUAACAUUUGAUUCUCUUACUGCCCCUGUUGAUCUGGCACCUCCUUCUCACAGCGCCAACACUUUCUCCGCAAGCAUCGAUGAGAUCUUUGGAGACAUUGGAGGCCACAUUGGCGGCGUGGUCACUAGGCCUCCUGGAACUUAG